AGAAUAAAAUCUUCAUCUUCUCCGGCGGUGUACUUGCGAGAGGCUUAGAGGAAAGAUGCCGAAGAGGACAACGCACACAUACUCUAGCGAGGACGCAGUUCCCGACGGUCCCAACUCCGAUCUCUUCGUCUAUUACUGCAAGCACUGCAGUUCUCAUGUCCUCAUCUCCGAUAAUCAAUUGCAGAAAAUGCCAAAAAGGAAAACCGACAAAGCAUAUGUAUUGGAUAAAAAAAAGUAUCUCGCAAGAUUGAGUGUAGAUGAUGCAGGGAAAGUUCUUCUAAAGCGUGGUGAAGGGAAAAUGGAGAAACAGUUUCGAAUGUCCUGUAAGGGAUGUGGCCUGUUUGUCUGCUAUCGAGCAGAAGAAGAUCUGGAGACUGCCUCUUUCAUAUAUGUAGUUGAUGGGGCACUUAGUACUAUUGCGGCUGAGACAAAUCCACAGGAUGCUCCUGUACCACCAUGCAUAUCACAGUUAGAAGGUGGCCUUGUGCAAGUGGCGAUAGAAGUCGAGGACCGUGCCCAGCGGUCAGCAAUUACAAGAGUGAAUGCAGAUGAUGUUCGGGUCACUGUAACCGCACCUGCAGCUCGUGGGGAAGCUAAUAAUGAACUUCUGGAAUUCAUGGGCCGAGUACUGGGUCUGAAAUUAUCUCAGAUGACUCUCCAAAGAGGAUGGAAUAGCAAAUCAAAGCUUCUUGUAGUGGAGGAUUUGACAGCUAGACAAGUAUACGAAAAACUCUUGGAGGCUGCCCAACCUUGAGAUGGCUCCUGGAUCCUAGUAGUUUUUCGUAGUCAUUUUCUCCAUGUUUGUAACAUUGAAUUUUCAGUUUCCCAAAAUUGAAUUCAGUUGUCUAUGCAUCUGCUGUUCUGAUCUUAUUGGAAAUUCUUGGUUCCUAGUUAGCAUUACUUGCCUGCAA